AUGAGCAUUCUCACCUGUUGCGUGCCGCCAUCCAGCAGCCUUCCUCCAGUUCGCUCUCUACGCACUGCAUCCGAGGACACCAUCAUUACAGCGCUACACAGUCUUCAAGCGCUAUACUGUCCGCUUCGACUACCCAUCACCCUACCGAAGGGCAAAGAAGCAGCAUCUGCACCUGCCGAUUCCGGUUAUGUCUCCGAAGAUGAGAAUGAGGUAGCACCACUUCAGCGCCGCUACUCCACCACUGAAGAUGCCUUCGCCGCUCUUCGCGCCGAUGCUUACGAAAAGGACUUCGCAGUGCGGUGGCUCACCAGCCUAAUCGCGCGUGCCUCAGAGCUACCUUUCGGCACCGAGGAGGCAAGAGAGAAAGCCGUGGACGAUGCAGCAUUCAUACUCUCGUCGUUCAGCGACUCGCCCACCAACGAAGAAGACGAGGCUCUUACGCGUGACUUCUCUUUCUCCACUUCGCGCGCAAGAGACAUUACUAUCCAGAUCAACGACGCGCCCUUGACAGGCACGGAUCAUACUGACGUCGGGCUGCAAAGUUGGGGCGCUAGCAUCGUCUUCUCGGGCUUGAUGUGCGAGGCUCCUGAACGCUUUGGCCUGGAUGUUCUCCCCGAAAAUGCGAGUAUCAUCGAGCUGGGCGCAGGGACAGCUCUUAUUAGCUUGACUUUGGGGAAGUUGCUACCGUCCAUGGGGCAGGAAGCGCAAAUUCUGGCGACAGACUACCACAACGCUGUCCUGGAGAAUGCGCGCACAAAUAUCGCCACCAACUUUGGCUCUGAAAAUGCGCCUGUGGAUGCGAUGCUACUCGACUGGGCAACUCCACCACCAGCAUUAGCUGCGUCCGCUUCUUUGCUGUUUGCAGCAGACGUAGUGUAUGCUCCGGAACACGCAGCGUGGUUGAGGGAUUGCGCUGCGCAUAUUUUAGCUCCUGAAGGAACUUUCUGGUUGGUGGUGACGGUGCGAAGUCACGGAAAGUUCGACGGCAUCCCGGAUACCGCGGAGACUGCGUUCGAAGACUUCAAAAGUACGUGGAGAAAUGGAAGGGUGUUGAGAAUAGUGAAGAAAGAGAUGCUCGAUAAGAAGAGAGGUGUGGGCAGAGGUGACGAGAAGGGGUAUAUGCUGUUCAAGAUCGGUUGGGUUGAUGCUUGA